AUGGAGUCCACCGAAGAUGAGUUUUAUAGCAUAUGUCUUAACCUUACAAGUGAAAAAAUUGCUAGUCUUGGAGGAUGUAACUAUACAACGGAAUUCGAAAAUGGGGAAAUGCUUGAAAAUAUCGUGUCCAAAGUUGUUCCAAUUUUCUUUGGUUUCAUUGGAAUCGUAGGAUUAGUUGGAAAUGCCUUGGUGGUAGUUGUUGUUGCUGCAAACCCUGGAAUGAGAUCAACCACAAACCUAUUAAUCAUCAACUUGGCUGCAGCUGACUUACUCUUCGUUAUAUUUUGUGUUCCGUUUACCGCUACGGAUUAUGUUAUGCCCAGAUGGCCUUUCGGAGAUUGGUGGUGUAAAGUAGUCCAAUAUUUCAUUGUAGUUACUGCUCAUGCAUCGGUGUAUACGCUGGUACUUAUGUCUUUAGACAGAUUUAUGGCAGUUGUUCAUCCAAUAGCAUCAAUGUCUAUAAGAACAGAGAAGAAUGCUUUAUUAGCAAUAAGUUGCAUAUGGGUUGUGAUACUCACUACGGCAAUACCAGUUGGAAUAUGUCAUGGUGAAAGAGAAUAUUCAUAUUUUCAUAGAAAUCACUCAUCAUGCGUGUUUCUCGAAGAACAGGGUUAUAGCAAGUUGGGCUUUCAGAUGUCCUUCUUUUUAUCUUCGUACGUAAUACCAUUAACACUUAUUAGCGUGCUCUAUAUCUGCAUGCUGUCCAGGCUAUGGAAGAGUGCUCCUGGAGGACGAGUCUCCGCUGAGAGUAGAAGAGGCAGGAAGAAAGUAACAAGAAUGGUUGUAGUAGUCGUUGUAGUAUUCGCUGUCUGCUGGUGCCCAAUACAGAUAAUACUUUUGAUGAAAGCGUUAGACAAAUACAACAUAACAUACUUCACGGUGACAGCUCAGAUCGUCUCCCACGUUGUAGCCUACAUGAACAGUUGCGUCAAUCCUGUACUAUACGCGUUUCUGUCCGAGAAUUUCAGAGUCGCAUUCAGGAAGGUCAUGUACUGUCCACCUUUGUAUACAGAGGGUAUGUCCGGACGACCGCAGCCUACCAAGACCACACGAACUGGCAACGGGAACUCCUGUCACGAUAUCGUCUGA